GAGUGGAACCUUAGAAUCCCCAUACAAGGCCCUUGGUUCUCGCUGCACGGAAGCUGUCUCUCUCAAUCAUGGGUGGGAACCGCAGAAGCGGGCGCCGAACAAGUACGACUCGCCCGGAAGAGUGGCAUGUUACCUUCGUAUUUCAGAUCUUCUUCACCUCAUGAUCGCAGUGGGGCCCAACUGUCUCCAUGAUUGAGAUCGAGGUCCGUCGUUCUUCUCGACUUCUGCAACACGAAGUUUCUGCCAUCACACUCUGGAUUCGUCACUCAGGUACCAAUAAAGGGCAAACGGGUAGGCGAAGGAUCAUUCCACCGCUGUCACCAUGAUCAAGACGGAACACCGUUACGCGCCAUCUACCCUAGCCAGCAUACUUCAAAUUGGUAUCGACAAACCAUGCCUCGUAAUCGACUUCGCACAUGCCGUGCAUAAUUCCUCCGACUCUAUCCGCGCGAGCCCUGUGUUCGCCAUGGAGAGCUUCCAGAACUCUGACCCAACGACCGGGCUCUACAAAGCCACGUUUGGACACAUCGUUCAUCAGUUUAUCAUGAUCACCGUCCACCUACGCACCGACCAAUCAGGUCAGCCGUUGUGGACGUAUCUGCGUAUCGACUUCGAGGACAUAUCCCAUCGUUAUCCUCAGGGAUGCCAAACGAUAACCCUCUCUGACGAUCAUGAGGGCUUGCGCAGACGGUCGGAUGGAAUCGGUCGAGUUGAGGGCUUGCACCAGCCUGUCGAGAACGGUCCGUCUCUGGACGGCAUUGCGUCUCUGCUGGAGGUCGUGCAUCGUCGUACGCCUGGUGGAUACAAUUGCUUCGCCCGGAACUGUCUCUGGCUCACCGAGAAUCUCCUCCUAUCUACGGCUUUGAAGUACUCGCAGCACUGGCUUGCGGGUUUUGUCAAGCCGGAGGCAUUGAGGAGAUACGCCGAGCGUCGAGGCGACGCCGUCGCCUGUGUUACUGGGAUGCUAUAUCACGACCCCAUCACGCAAACACUGGCAGGCAUCGGUGUGAGCGCCUGGCGAGGCGUUGCCGCUUUCUUCACGCAUGCCGGUCCCAAUCGCGUUGAAUCGCAUGAUGAAGAUGUCCGAUUGAUCCUCGAGGAGUGGAUGCCUUGUGUGACGGCAGGGUUCAUCUAGCACCCUCGACACUCUGCCAGUGGUGACUCGGAGUGGUUGUUUGUGAUCGCAGCCAUGGGUACUAGCUGUAGGAUGUACAGUAUCAGGAUGUAGAAUCGUAG